AUGUUCCCAAAUUUAUUCAGUUUGAGCAGAUUCCAAGAUGCUAAUAUUCAGGAGAUGUUAGAUGAUAAUGCAGGAAACAAAUGGAAUUUUGGAUUUUGCAGGAAUUUAAGGGAAGUUGAGAUAGAAGACAUAAUUCAUCUGUUGAAGCUGAUAGCAACUUUUAACAUAGUUGAAGGUCAGGAUGAAAGAGUUUGGCAGAAUGGUAUAAAACAGUUCUCAGUGGCAGAGUGUUAUAAGUCUUUGGAGGAGGAUGGUUUGUUAGUUUUUCCUUAUAAGAGUGUGUGGAAUCCAAAAAUACCACAGAAGGUGAUUUUGUUUGUCUGGUGUCUCUGUUACAAUGCUGCACCAACAAUGGAUUCUGUGAGAAACACAUAUAAUGUGAAUGGUUGUUUGUUAUGCAAGAAAAGUGCUGAAUCAAACCAACACUUGUUUUUGCAUUGUGACACAACUAGAGAGAUAUGGUUUUACUUCUUAAGUCACUACAAUCUUCAAUGGGUGUUUCAAGGCAGUGUUAGGGAUACUUUAUGGGAAUGGAGAAGGAAAAAAGGGGGAAAUGUAAGUUUAAAAACCAAGAUUUGGGACAUAAUUCCUUUUGCUAUAUGGUGGGUUGUUUGUCUUGAAAGAAACACAAGAACUUUUAAUGGCAGAUCCAAUUCAGUAGACAACUUAAAAGAUGGAUUAAACCUUUGA